GGCAAUAUUAUCGAACCUUGGGCGCUGGAGGCGGCGCCCCAUUCUCAUUUUCGAAUUUCCACCAAGUAGAAUGGCCACGAUCCGAGCGACGCGUCCCGUCCGCAAGUCGGCGUGGUUCUCGGACCCCGCGACGUACCCGAUCAUCGCGAUCUUGGGCAGCGCGGCCGUGCUCGCGACCUUCCAGGGCGUGCGCCACCUCGCGCGCAGCCCGGACGUGACGCUCGACAAGGAGAAGCGCCACAACAUCUUCCGCCGCGACGAGAAGGCGUGCACGGACUUUCGCAGCCACCGCGUCGAGUGGGCCCACCUCCAAGAGAACCCGAUCACGCGGUCGGGCGACUUUGUCGAGUUUCGCCGCCGCAACACCAAGGAAUUGUAGCUGCGUCGUCUAGCCGCGGUAACAAUGCUAAUAAUUGUGCUUUCCUCUA